GCGUAGCCUCAAGUUGUAGAGAAGAUGCAUCCAUUGAACAUGACAUAAAAAAAGCGCGAAGGGAAGCAAAAAGAGAGUUAAAAUUAUUACUUUUAGGGCCCGGAGAGUCUGGGAAAAGCACAAUUUUAAAGCAAGCACGUAUUAUACACGGAGAAGGAUACACUACUAAACAAUUCAUUGAUUUUGCGCCGGUCAUCUACUCCAAUAUUGUUACGGCCAUGCAAACUUUAGUAUCCCAAAUGGACGAAUUUGGAGUCAAACCUGAAGAUUUUAUAAAAGAAUCUUGCGAGCUUGUCCUCGGCUAUACGCCUUCAAGCAUUAUGGGUUUUCCUACGGAACUAGCGGAAGCCUUAAAAAUUUUGUGGAACUCCUCAUCCAUUCAAGAGUGUUAUAGAAAACGCUCCCGCUUCCAUUUUAAUGAUUCUACUAAAUAUUAUUUCGAACAUCUUGAUAGGAUUUCAAGUCCAGAGUAUAUCCCUUCUACUGUAGAUAUUCUUCAUUCUCGAGUGCCCACCACUGGGAUUGUUGAGUACAAAUUUUCUAUUGACGACCUUCACUUAAGGCUAUUGGAUGUUGGCGGGCAGCGCGCGGAGAGGCGGAAAUGGAUUCACUGUUUCACUGGAAUUACGAUGAUUAUUUUUAUGGCUUCUCUUAACGAAUACGAUCAAGUGUUGUUCGAAGAUAGCACCCAAAGCCGCAUGCGUGAAAGUAUAGCGCUUUUCGCUUGUAUUGUGAACUAUGAAUGGUUUUGGGAAACUUCUUUUAUUCUUUUU